CACGAGCCAAUCCAAUCCAAUUAUGUUGAGUUGUUUUGAAUGGGAUGCUUCUCGAGCACGCUACCGAUAGUUGUACGAGCUGCUGGAUGAUUGCUUUACUGUGUAAUUUGCUAUAACCGUCUUCAUCAUGGUCGGUAUUAACGUCAAGUUUGUUGGCAAGAAGGUGAACCGUGUCCGCUUCAAACCGGAUGGUCAAAAUCUUGCGAGCAGUGCACACUGCCUGCUUGUUUCUGGAAGCUGGGACGACCAGCCAAACUCGUUGUGCCUGUGGUCCUGUCCAACCGGUUUCCCGGCUUAUGACGAACCAAACGCUAACCAGGCGAUCAACUGCCUACACAAGUUCGACAUCUCGUCCGACAUCGACGACCUCUGCUUUGCAGGCGCAGACUUUGUAGCGGUGGCACUGGCCUCGGGAGAUGUGCGUCUCUUCAGGUGUGGAAGCAAAGAGCUCCAAGAGCAACAGUGCUGGAAGCAGCUCCACCCUGGCUACCCGUGCACUGCCGUAGCCAGCCGCGGGCCCACCAAGCUGGCGAGUGUUGGCGAGGACGGCCGACUGUGCCAGCUGGAGCAAGGCCGCCACGAGGCUGUUCGUUGCCUUGAGAGGGCGGACAGCGGCGCUCCAACGUGCCUGCGGUUUGUGCGGCACAACCACGUGGCGGUGGGGAACCUGGCAGGUCACGUGCACCUCUGGGACCUGAACUCUCCCGACCGGCGUCCGACGCAGGACCUCUUUUGGGCCGGCGAACAAGUGACCUGCAUGGGCCAGCAUCCUUCCCAGGGCCACCUGCUGGCGAGCGGGGCAUCGAGCGGCCGCCUUUGCCUGUGGGACCUGCGUCAGGGGCGCGUGCCCACGGCCACGCUGGCCGCCCCGGCACAGGGUGCUCUGGCCGACAUGAUCUUUGAGCCGGAAGGUGCGCUGCUCUUCUGUGCCAGCAACGGGUCCCUGUUGCGCUGGGGGAAUCCUGGGCUUCCUCGCGGCGGAGUAGAGCUGGAGUCCCUGGUGCGUCCCCAGGGGCGGCCCCUCAACAGCCUCGACCUGCGGGGCCCCCUGGUGGCGACCGGGUCCGACUCGGAGGCCAUCUUUCUGCUCACUCUCGGACGGGAAUAAAGGAAAUAAAGAGGGCCUUGACACUCAGA